AGUGGCCGGACCCGAAGCACCGUAGAGCACGUCCGUCAGCCCGUUGGUCCGCCCGUUCACCAGCCCGGUCAGCCGCCCGCGUCGGCCCUUCUAGCUGUCCAGCCGUCUAUUGGGCCCGAACGGCGGUUGAGGCUCUCGUCAUGGCGACGUUUAUCUCGGUGCAGCUGAAAAAGACCUCGGAGGUGGACCUGGCCAAGCCGCUGGUGAAGUUCAUCCAGCAGAUGUACCCGAGCGGUGGCGAGGAGCAGGCCCAGUACUGCCGCGCGGCGGAGGAGCUCAGCAAGCUGCGCCGCGCCGCGCUGGGCCGCCCGUUGGACAAGCACGAGGGCGCCCUUGAGACGCUUCUGAGAUACUAUGAUCAGAUUUGUUCCAUUGAACCCAAAUUCCCAUUUUCUGAAAAUCAGAUCUGCUUGACAUUCACCUGGAAGGAUGCUUUUGAUAAGGGUUCACUUUUUGGAGGAUCUGUAAAAUUGGCUCUUGCAAGCUUAGGAUAUGAAAAGAGCUGUGUGUUGUUCAAUUGUGCAGCCUUAGCUAGCCAGAUUGCAGCAGAACAGAACCUGGAUAAUGAUGAAGGAUUGAAAAUCGCUGCUAAGCAUUACCAGUUUGCUAGUGGUGCCUUUUUACAUAUUAAAGAGACAGUUUUAUCUGCCUUAAAUCGAGAACCUACUGUGGAUAUAUCUCCGGAUACUGUUGGGACCCUCAGUCUGAUUAUGCUGGCACAGGCCCAAGAAGUAUUUUUUUUAAAAGCCACAAGAGAUAAAAUGAAAGAUGCCAUCAUAGUUAAAUUGGCUAAUCAGGCUGCAGAUUAUUUCGGUGAUGCUUUUAAACAGUGUCAAUACAAAGAUACUCUCCCCAAGUAUUUUUAUUUCCAGGAGGUGUUCCCUGUCUUGGCUGCAAAGCACUGUAUCAUGCAGGCCAAUGCUGAGUACCACCAGUCUAUCCUGGUAAAACAGCUGAAGAGAUUUGGUGAAGAGAUUGCAAGGUUACAGCAUGCAGCAGAAUUGAUUAAAACAGUGGCAUCUCGUUAUGAUGAAUAUGUCAAUGUGAAGGAUUUUUCUGACAAAAUCAACCGUGCCCUUACUGCAGCAAAGAAGGAUAAUGACUUCAUUUAUCAUGACCGAGUUCCAGACCUUAAAGAUCUAGACCCUAUUGGUAAAGCCACACUUGUGAAAUCUACCCCGGUCAAUGUACCCAUCAGCCAGAAAUUCACUGAUCUGUUUGAGAAGAUGGUUCCUGUGUCAGUGCAGCAGUCUUUGGCUGCCUACAAUCAGAGGAAAGCUGAUCUAGUUAAUAGAUUAAUUGCUCAAAUGAGAGAAGCCACCACUUUGGCAAAUGGAGUGUUAGCUUCCCUUAAUCUUCCAGCAGCAAUUGAAGAUGUAUCUGGAGAUACUGUACCUCAGUCUAUAUUAACUAAGUCCACAUCUGUGAUCGAACAGGGAGGCAUCCAGACUGUUGAUCAGUUAAUCAGAGAGCUACCUGAACUACUCCAAAGAAACAGAGAAAUCCUAGAUGAGUCAUUAAGAUUGUUGGAUGAAGAAGAGGCAACUGACAAUGAUUUAAGAGCAAAAUUCAAGGAACGCUGGCAAAGGACGCCAUCCAAUGAACUCUAUAAGCCUUUAAGAGCAGAGGGAACCAACUUCAGAUCAGUUUUGGAUAAAGCUGUGCAAGCAGAUGGACAAGUGAAGGAAUGUUACCAGUCUCAACGCGACACCAUUGCACUUCUGUGUAAGCCAGAGCCUGAGCUCAAUGCUGCCAUCCCUUCUGCUAACCCAGCGAAGACCAUGCAGGGCAGUGAGGUUGUAAAUGUCUUAAAAUCCUUACUGACAAAUCUUGAUGCAGUCAAGAAGGAAAGAGAGGGGCUGGAAAAUGACCUGAAAUCAGUGAAUUUUGAUAUGACAAGCAAAUUUCUGACUGCUCUGGCUCAAGAUGGCGUGAUAGAUGAAGAAGCUCUUUCUGUUACUGAACUGGAUCGAAUCUAUGGAGGUCUUAUGACAAAAGUCCAAGAAUCUCUAAAGAAACAGGAAGAACUUAUUAAAAAUAUCCAGGUCUCACACCAAGAAUUUUCAAAAAUGAAACAGUCUAACAAUGAAGCUAACUUAAGAGAAGACGUUUUGAAGAAUUUAGCUACUGCAUAUGACAGCUUUGUUGAACUUGUAGCUAACUUGAAGGAGGGCACAAAGUUUUACAAUGAGCUGACUGAAAUCCUGGUCAGGUUCCAGAACAAAUGCAGUGAUAUAGUAUUUGCACGGAAGACAGAAAGAGAUGAGCUCUUAAAGGACUUGCAACAAAGCAUUGCCAGAGAACCUAGUGCUCCUUCAAUUCCUACACCUGCAUAUCAGUCCUCUCCAGCAGGAGGACACACACCAGCACCUCCAACUCCAGCGCCAAGGACCAUGCCGACUGCUAAGCCCCAACCCCCAGCCCGGCCUCCACCUCCUGUGCUUCCAGCAAAUCGAGCUCCUUCUGCUACAGUUCCAGCUCCAGCUCCAGCUCCAGCUCCAGGAGUUGCUGGGAUGGCUGCAGUGGCUCCACCACAGACUCCUGGCUCAGCCUCCACUCCACAGGCCCAGGGACCCCCCUAUCCCACCUAUCCAGGAUUUCCCGGGUAUUGCCAAAUGCCCAUGCCCAUGAGCUAUAAUCCUUACGCAUACGGUCAGUAUAAUAUGCCAUAUCCACCAGUGUAUCAUCAGAGUCCUGGACAGGCUCCGUACCCAGGACCCACGCAGCCUGCGUACCCCUUCCCUCAGCCCCCACAGCAGUCUUACUACCCACAGCAGUAAUAUGUCAGCACAGAAGCUCAGCUGGUUUGGUUCAAAGGGAAGGAAAUACCAGCUCUGCAAUAAGUGUACUAAACUCUGCGUUCUGGUUAACACAAUGUACUCUACUGUACUUAAUGCACUGUCUGAUUUCUGUCUGUGGCUGAAAGCUAAAAAAACUGUGCCCAGCUCCAAUUUGAUUGCAUACAUGCGAAUUGCUGCUGUUGCGGCAUAAACAACACGUAUAAUAGAAAUUGAAGUAGAUUACAGUUCAGUUUAUAAAAGUUGAAAAUGAGAAAUUAAACCCACAAGUGAAAUGUUUGAAAUUACUAUACUUUUGUCUACGUAAGACGUGAUUGGGACAUCACAUACUUAAAAUGAUGGUUUAAGUACUGAUAUUCAAGAAAACUAAAUUUUCUUUCUCUCUCGUUUAUCGAUUUGCUUUAAUUUCCAUUAUGCUAUUUUGCAUAAUCAAAGCAUUGUAAAUCUUACAAUUUAAAAAUAAAUUACUUCAGAACAGUUGUCAUUGUUAUGUUUUGUCAUUGAUUCUCAUUACUGUCUAAUUUCUUUCUGAGAUUAGUCUCAUAUGUAUGUAAGUUAAACAGAUACUGUGUUCAAGUGCAUAGUUAGUGCAAAUUAAUAGUCUCAAGCACGUUUUAAUAGGAAAACCAAAAGAGUAGCACCAUGACUUAUUUUUUGCAUGCUGAUUAGGAAAUCAAUUUUGACAUUUCUUUUGAGAAAUUCUAUAAUGUGGAAGAAAUAUAAUUGCUACCAAAGAUUCUUCAAAUACAUAUAUGAAUAAAUAUGUAUAUUUAUUUAAUGUUUUAUUAUUAGCCUCUCCAAGAAGAAGCUGAUACAAAUUCUGGUAAUAAUUUUUUUUCAUAACCUGGUUAAAAUAAUACAUGUCAGUACUGUCUAAUGUAAUGGAAUUGUUUAAAGAAAAUUUACUGUACCUUUCUAUUCCUUUUUUCCACCUUACUGUCUUAACUUAGUAACAUUUAAUGCACAAUGUAUAUGGAUAUAAAUAGAUCUAAGCCCUUUCAUUUUUACGCUCCUAAAAGCUUGGACUAUUUUAUAAUUCAGGGAGUGCACAAAACAUUGUUGGGAGCAUAUGCCAAUUCUGGAAUAGCUGUAUAUUUAAUACUGAUCUCUGCUGUUGGAUACUAAUUACUGUAUAAAACUCAGUAAAAAUAGACACGUCAUAGAAUGAGAAAAUGAGAGAAGAAUGAAUUGUCUAAUAUCACAGUGGGAUCUGUUCUGCUUGAGGUUCAUUUCUGAACACAUCAGGCAUAUGAGCAGAUUUCCAAUGUAUCUGUUCAUGUUUAUUUUCUGAGUUUUAAUGCUAACCUUUUCUUGCAUUGUUUCAUUUAAAUGAUACUGUCACUUGGUCCACUGUUGUUUUCAUUGACAGUUUGGAUUUAUAUUUUAAAUGUUGGACUGAGGGUGUGUAUUGUAAAAGGGAGUGAAUUGGUUAAAAAAUACACAUGUAUUUAAAAAAAUCUUGUAUGUAGAAAACAUGAAGGAUGUUACUUCAAUAUGAGUGAUCUUUACAUUGAAUAUUGAAAUUGGUGUAAAGUCCAAUAGUUAAAAGAUUGGCAAAAAUAGUGUUUUACAUAUAGCUAAGUUUUAUUGUGGAAUCAUUGAAGUGUGACAUGGGCUGGUUUGACUCUUGUGUAACAGGCAUUUAAGUUCUACGUUCUUAUUACUCAAGGUGUCGUAACGUAAAAUACUCAGUGAGAGGGGUAUAUCAAAUUGCUAGUUUAUAGUUCUUGCUCAUGAAGAAAAAACAAAAACAAAAUUGGCCUGAAUAUUCUCUUGGGGGAAGAAGGCACUAAAGAAAAGAGUAAGUGCAUCAGAGGGCCAAAAGAGAAGUUGGAAGGCUGUUUAGCCCAUUCCAGUGCUGAGCUCGGCCUGUUCCCAGAGAGCCAGGGGAAGAUGGUUCAGAAACUGCAGGACUGGAGGCUCCACAGCCCCUCUUGAUGCCUCUUCCAACCUGCCUGACUUGCUCAACUCUGUCACCGAGCUUUUGUAUGCAGCAGCUGCAUGCAUUUCCUCUAAUCAGGCCACUCAUCCUUUAGGUGUUGGUCCUGUGUCUAGGUUCAGAGGACCAAGUUCCUGCUCCCUUCAUUGCUGUGUGUCUGUGUAGGCCUAUCUAGUUUCAUUAAGGUGGCUAAUGGGAAGAAGUUUCCCCUUAGGUCUGUUUUGCACUCUAGCAAACAAGAAGGAAGCCCUCACUUGGGUUGUUUUAUUACAAACUUACUCAUCCUUUGCUUAACUUUCUAUAUUCCACAAAAUACCCUGAAAAGGUGUUAUGGAUGAUGCUGUUUGAGAUAGGAUAGUAUCCCUCUGGUUCCGUUUAUUAUGAGGCUUUAAAAUUUUUCUUUCUAAAGAAAGGAAACCAUUUGUAGACCAUUUAUGUUGGGCUUUGGAAUACUGCUUUAAAAUGGACAAUGGUUCAGGUAGUAAAGCUCUGGGUGAAGAAGCUGGUCAGAAGUGGGGAACAAACUGCUGACUUUUAAAAUUUCUUGUUCCUGGUUGGAGACGGAUGACUUCUUGGUCUAGUGUAAAGUAUUGGCCUAUUCCUAGCCCCUUGGUCUUUAUUCUCAGUUAAGAAAAAUAUUCCUGUCAUGCAGCCCAUUGAAUCUGUGAGAUAGCUCUGUACCCAUAUUCCCAACUUCUUUGUGAUUUAUAAUCUUUGCCUCCCCAAAUCUCACUAGUUACAGAAAAAAAGAACAUUUCACAGAGCCUUCUGUCCCUAACGUUCCAUCCCAGGCAGCAGCCUUUCUAGUCAAAACAGAUUUUAAAAAUAUUUUCCAUAGAGCUUUACAGUUUGCAAAAGUGCUUUGUAUACAUUUUCUUAUUUCAUGAACAUGAUAAAAUGCAGUUUGUUUAGUAGGUUUCAGUUUGCUAACAGAAUUUUUUUUUUUUAAUCAGUUUAUCUUGAAUCUUGCCAGAACUUAGUGGCAUCUCUCUCUCUCUCUCUUUUUUUUUAGCACUUCUGCAAUUAGUUGAUUCACAGUACAGAACAGGACACAAAGUAGGGAAAAAAAACAGUUCUAUAGUGUUAUAAUUACUAGUUUAAAAAUAGACAUUAGAACUAAAUGGUUGAUUAUAAGAUUUACAUGGAAGAGAAAAGAAGGAAAAUUAUAUUUUUAAAGAAAAAGAGAAUAUUCAGGCUUUAUUUCUGGUAUGAAGUUUAUAUUUUUAAAGAAAUUCUAUAUUAUCACACCAGAGAUUUUAGAUUCUUUUCUGGUUACAAACAUUGCUGGUAGUUGGGUUAUAUUUUUAUUGUAUUCAUUUCUCUUAGGGGGAAAAUUGUAAAGAAACAAAAAGGUUCCAGAUGAAUGUAUCCUUAGAAAUAAAAGUUGAAAGAUUCUUA